AUAUAACAUUUUUAAACAUAUAUAUAUAUAUAUAUAUAUAUAAAGAAAAAAAGAUAUUUUGAGGUUACAGUUCAACCAGUAUUUAUAUAUGUACAAUUAUAAAUAUCGUAUUUAUAAUUACAAUUGUUGUACGAUAUUGUUUACAAUGAAUUAAUGAAGAUAAAAAACUCGUGACUUGUUUGUAAAAGUAAUUUAAAAAAAAGUUAAUUAAAAUUGAAUAUUUUAUCAAAUCAAAGUGUGAUAAAUGAGAAUAUAAAAUGUCUUUUCGUAUGAGACUAGCUCGUAGUCGACCGAUCAAAUUACUUGGUGGAAUCGCUAUGAAACGUUGGGUAUUUUCUGGUGCAUACAUUUUGUUCCUUUUUUUAUUAUACUGGUUUUACAGCUGUAUUUUUGCUUUCUGCUUGCUAUGUAUCACUACUAUAGUCGUAUUAUAUCACAGAGAGGAUCAAUUACUUUAUCAUCCUGGAUCACCAACACAUUCUCGUUCUUAUGUUCCUGCCCCAUCUACUUACAAUUUACCAUAUGAAAGUAUAUACACACGUUCAGGAGAUGGUACUAUGUUACAUAUGUUUUUCAUACCACAACCUGAAGAUAGAGCAAAGAUUGCUCCAACCUUACUUUUUCUUCAUGGGAAUGCUGGAAAUAUAGGACAUAGACUUCAUAAUGUUGUUGGUCUCUACCGUAAUAUUCAAUGCAAUAUCCUAAUGCUGGAGUAUAGAGGCUAUGGAUUGUCACAAGGAUCACCAUCCGAGGAAGGAUUGUAUAUGGAUGCACGCGCUGGAAUUGAUUAUUUAGCUUCCAAACCUAAUAUUAAUACUAAUGAAAUCAUUGUAUUUGGUAGAUCAUUGGGUGGAGCAAUAGCAAUUGAUUUAGCAACUAGGGAAGAAAAUGCAAGAAGAAUUUGGUGUCUUAUACUUGAAAAUACAUUUACAAGUAUUCCUGAUAUGGCUGCAUUUGUAGGAUCCAAAUUUUUCUUAUAUCUACCACUUUUUAUAUAUAAGAAUAAGUAUUUAUCUAAUUUCAAAAUACGAUCGAUGACAGUACCAACAUUAUUUAUCUCUGGUUUAGCAGAUACAUUUGUACCACCUGGAAUGAUGCAAGAACUUUAUAAAAAUUGUCCAAGUAGAUGUAAAAAGAUUCUUCCAAUUUCUGGUGGUACGCAUAAUGAAACAUGGUGUCAACCUGGAUAUUAUGAAAAUAUAUGUUCUUUUUUGAAUGAACUGAGAGAAAAUCCAUCGAUUCCAGUUAAAUCAGGUGAAUGGCAGAUAGAUGAUAUUUAAAAAUCGAUGUUUUAAUGAAAAUGCAUUUUGCGUCCAAGUGUAUAAAAAAUAUUCUAAAACAAACAUGUCCAAUACAAUAUCAAUGUAAUGAAAAUAAAAUAAGGUUGGUCCAAUAAGGUAAAAAUGCAUCAUCCAUUUUCUAGUUUUAUGGUUGAUUAAUAAUAAAAAUGUUUGUUCAUUUUUAGUUUCAAUUUCUUGA